AUGGCAGAAUCAACGCCCUCAAAAGAUACCCGCUCUCAGACACACCAAGGUGAUGUGCUCGCCAAGCCAGCUCCCGACAUUGCCAAUGGUGUUGCUUCCAGUGUGCAGGAUUUUAUGAAUCUCGUCCAUGAGGCGAACGAGGCAAAUGAGCGCGAGCGAGAGAUGAAACUCCUUACAGCUUUCCGAGUCUAUCCUAAGGCGAUACUAUGGAGUAUUAUGCUCUCAUCCACCCUUAUCAUGGAGGGGUAUGACACUUCAUUAGUUGGAGCUUUCAACGCUUAUCCGUCCUUUCUUAAUGUUUUCGGAAUCAGAGCUCCCGAUGGAAGUCUUAACAUUCCUCCAUCCUGGCAAAACGGAAUUGCUGCAGCAACUAACUGCGGAGAAAUUAUUGGUCUACAGGUUGCUGGUGUGAUGUCGGACAGAGUUGGGUACCGGUGGACGCUUAUCUUGGCUCUUAUUUGCCUAACGGGGUUUAUUUUCGUCCCAUUUUAUGCAACGACAUUGACGGUUUUCCUUGUCGGCGAGCUACUGCAAGGUAUCAGUUGGGGGGUUUUCCAAACUAUGACAACCGCUUACGCCGCAGAGGUGUGCCCGGUUCCUCUCCGUCACUAUCUGACUACUUUUGUCAACCUGUGCUGGAUUAUAGGACAAUUUAUUUCAGCUGGCAUCCUGCGGGGCUUAGUCAAUCGUCAAGAUGUAUGGGGAUACAAAAUCCCUUUCGCAAUUCAAUGGGUUUGGCCGAUUCCCAUCGGAGUUGGUAUAUUUCUUGCUCCAGAGUCGCCGUGGUGGUGUGUCCGGAAAGGCUACACCGAACGGGCACGCAAUGCUCUUAGAAGGCUGACAAUCAAAAACUCGUCCUUCACCAGCAGAGAUGAAGAUCGACAGAUGGCUUACAUGAUAUACACGAAUGCGAUGGAGGAAGAAACCUCAAAGGGAACCAGCUACUGGGACUGUUUCCGCGGCAAAGAUAUUCGUCGAUCAGAAAUCGUCUGCAUGACAUGGAUUGCACAGACACUUUCCGGAACUGCGAUCGGAGGAUUAUCGUCAUAUUUUUACGUCCGGGCUGGAAUCAGCACCCAAGACUCAUAUAGCCUCUCUUGGGGCCAAACCGCUAUCAGUGCAGUUGGCACCAUGACAUCAUGGCUAGUUCUAGAUCGUCUAGGCCGAAAGUCAUUGAUGUGUGGCGGUAUGGUUGUUAUGUUUGUGUUACUUCUGGUAGCGGGUGGGAUGGGUAUCCCCUCCACGCCAUCUACAGCUACAUCAUGGACCGCAGGGACGAUGGUUCUGUUGCUUUCAGCAGUAGCUGACUUCUCGGUCGCACCAGUCGUGUAUGCCAUUGUCUCGGAAAUUCCAUCAACGCGCCUUCGUGCAAAGUCCAUUAUCCUGGCCAGAAAUGCGUAUAAUAUAAUCAAUCUUGCGUUUGUGAAUAUUGUCUCAUAUAGGCAACUUAACGCUUCUGCAUGGAACUGGGGACCUAAAGCGUGCUUCUUUUGGGCAGGUAUAAACCUGCUCAUGAACUUAUACCUUUACUUUCGGCUGCUGGACUGGGAAGCAUUUGUUGCCGCAAUUGCUUCCUCUGAUGUGCAAUCGAAGUUCUUCAGCGCCAUUGCUACCUGGAUCGGGGCUACUGUCAACGCUGCACCCUUGACUCAUUAUUACGAUGCAAUCAGUGGCAACUGGCAGGACUUUGCUGCGCGCCCUGUUGUUGGUGGUGCCUUUGCAUUGCUUGCUCUUCCGUAA